GCUCUCUCUCCAAUUGGAUUCCCCACCAUACCCACUGAGAGUGAGAGUGAGAGUGAGCUUAGGAGCGGAGCGGAGCGGCGGGCUGGUCAAAGCCCUAGCCUUUUUUCCGGUCAAACCAAAUCGAUCCCCUUUCCCUGCCGUGGAAUUGGCUCCCGGGCGGCGGCGGCGGUGGCGGUGGCCGGCGGGCGAUGAAUCCCGACCUGUCCAGGUGCGCCAGGCACCCGUCGCAGCCGCCCUUCACGGGCUUCUGCUCCGCCUGCCUCCUCGAGCGCCUCUCCGCCGCCGCGCUCCCGGCCACGCCCCCGGCCCCCUCCCCGUCCCCCCUCCCCCCUCCUCCUCCUCCUCGACCGGUGGAGGUGGCGGAGGAAGGCGGGGGCAGGACGACGCUGCUCCGCCUCUUCCAGCUCCACGACCAGCAGGACCGGCCCGCGCCGCACGGGCCCGGGGAGCAAGAUCCCGAGCCCCGGGCCGACCCGCCGCUGCAGCGGAAGCGCUCCCUCCGGCAGUCCUGCGAGUGGAUCGUCUGCUGCGAGCACGGCCACGACCCCGCCUCCUGGCUCCCCUCGCGCCAGUCCUGGGACGCCAACGACUCCGCCUCCGCCUCCGCCUCAACCUCCGCCGCCGCCGCUGCGCCCAGCACCACCGCCCCUGCUUCCGCCUCCGCGCUCGUGCUCCACUCCGGCUCCACCUCCAAGGCCCCGCUCAGGCCGUGGUGGGACCGCACCCGCCGGGCGGCGAACCCGGUGGCGGGCUUCCUCAGCAGAUCCCUCUCGUCCCACUCAUGGCGGGAGACGGACGCGGACGCCGCGGGGAGGUCCCGGGCGCAGGGCGGCGCCGCGGCCCGGGUCAACGGGGGCAGCCACUCCGUGUCGUCGUCCGCCGGCGGCGUCGACUCGGAGGUGUCGCCGGCCGACUCGCUGCACGCGCAUGUACAUAGCGCCGGCCGCCGCGACUCCCUGCUCAGGAGGUUCUACUGGCUCGGCCGCAGCAGCAGCGUCCACUGCCCGUCGCCCCGCCGGAGCCCCGACGCCGGGAUGCUGCGCUUCCACCGCACCCCUUCCACCACCAGGAGCAAGACCCAAGGCAGGAGGCGUCUCAACCUCUUUACUGCUCGCAGUCACAGACAUCAGCAGCAACAACAUUAGCUGUUUCAUGACAGAGAAAUGUUUCUCCUGCUGCAAGCACAACCACAAUGUGUCCUGGUGUAAAGUCCCUCUUCAAUCAAGUUAACCAAAUGCUGCUCUUCCAUGUUGUCGCGACGAUGUUUCAGGUUCACUAGCCUGCCUAGGUAAUUGGUUGCAGUGCAUAUGAGCAAGAUCACAGUGCGUCGAUAGCCCUCCACAAUCAAUUCAGAAUUUGUUGUCUUCGUUGUGGUUUGCCGAUAUUUCGCUGCUGGCGACAGUAAUGAGGCUACCAUAAUGGACAACAUCGCAACGGACGGUGCCUGGGAGUGGAAGAUGCACACCGAAAUGUCCCCGCGUCGGUAACUUGUAGGUGUUAAUAAUUCGUCCCAUUCUUUGUACUAUGUAUGUUAUACAAUAAACUGCUGGAUUCAGAAACUGAAAUAGAAGCUGAUAAUAGCUGACCCUGUUCGUUCGUUCA